AUGGCAGGAAGAAUCGAACGCGCAGAGAUCAACUCACAUACUCGCUCCUUUACGGGCUGUAACACGUGUCGGAGUCGCCACGUCAAGUGCGAUGAAGGGCGCCCAACAUGUUCCAUGUGCGCCUAUUUCGGCCUGACCUGUGCUGGUUACGGAAAGAACAUCUUUUUCGACUCGAAGAAUCCAGACGCGAAGAUCCGAUUUCGAAGACCCUUGCUCACUGAAGAAGAACGCGAGCGUAUGAGCCAAUGGCUAGUCUCCAGUGCUCCACCCAAGUCAACAUUCCAACUGCUAUCUCGAAUCGACGAUGAGUGCGAGAACUCCGUCCCCUCGGGGGAGUUUCAACUAUCUCUCGGGCCUUUUGGCGUUUUCAAAGUGCAACCCGACCGUGCGAUCCAGAGUGCGACGCCCGACGAACCCGAGUCCUUGCCAAUCGAGGAAUUAGAAGAUCCUGGUACCGGUAGUCCAGAGCAGGACGACCUUCCUAUAAUGAGCUCUUUCCCUGUCGAUAUCGGAUUCUCGCAACUCUCGCCAUCGUUUAUGCAAUCCUUGCUAGAACCACCUGAGCAAAGACCGAACUCAAGCUCUCCAGAUCUACUAGAUUAUUUGAUGGACCAAGGCCACCUCGACGAGACAUCUUUAGUACAGCCCCAAAGAUACUCGCCCACUCAUUUGAUAUCCGAUUCAUAUUGUCACCCACAUAUAUCGCCCGACUUCCUAGCCCCCAGCCCAGAUUCGUCUGGUUCAGUUCCACAAGAUGCAGUCUUCUUGAUCAAACACUACUCUUCAACUGUUAUCAGUCUCAUGACACCUGUUCGGCAUAAGAAGACUCCUUGGCAUAUACUCUUCAUUCCCCAUGCCAAAGACUGUCUAGCCGCUCUAGCAUUGGGCGAGGACAUGAGCCAUGCCAGCCUUUGUAAUUUCUACGGAACCCUAGCCAUCAGCGCCUUCAGUCUAGGCGGCGUUUCUCGAUCAGAAACCUGGCUCGAACAAGGACAAAUGUACCUCCGAAAAGCACAGAACCACGCAAAGCUAAUGCUUUUAACCGCCUAUGAUAUCCCCAAGCCCGCCAAAUACAAGUCUAUAUUGAUGGCCAUCCUCACGAUGGUGCAAGUAUCCACCUUCUCCGGUAACCGAGACCAAGCAGAAGGGUACUUCCUGGAAGCAGAAAAGUUCAUUCGAUUGAAAGGACUAAAACGCAGAAAGUCACGAAAGGUACGCCUUUUACAUCACUGCUACGUUUUCGAGCGGAUGUUUCACGAAAGCGUUUUCGUCUGUGCUGCGAAUUCGUACCAACGGCAAAAUGUUCGCCGAGUGAUUGAGUCGAGCGGACUUGCACCUGCGAGCGUGGAUGGUCUCUCCUUCCGUUUAUACAAAUGGAAGAAUCUGCAUCAGGAGAUGCUUCGCGUGCGCGACCGGGAAGAAGGGGAGAAUGAUUUGCACCUUGAGCGCCCAGGGCUCUUCUCAGCCACCCUCUACCCCGAAAUCUUCGGCAUCCCGGAGGCCUGGCUUCUUCUUUUAUCUUGUGUGAUUCGCCUCGGGACAGAGAAAGAUGCCGCCGAAGAACAAUCCAACCCGAACGGCCUCAACCUGAAAGAUUUCAUCAACCGUGCAAAGGCCCUGGAAGACUACAUUAAUCAACUUCAACGUCCCAAUCAAGCGACAUUCACAUUUUCAUCACAACACUCCACCAUCGACGAACACAUUCUCGAGAACAUGCUCGAGGCAAUGCGCCUCGCCCUUGCCAUCUACUUCUACCGCCGAAUAUACGAUAUCAAUGCAUCCAUAUUGCAAGAAAAAGUAGUCGGAGUGCGCGACUGCCUGCUUCAAUGCGAAUAUGCCGAUUCAAGCGUAGUCCACGGUUCUGCAGGUUUUAUUUGGCCAGCCUUUAUUGCGGCCUGCGAGGCUGAAGAUCCGGACGUGCAAGAAUCAUUCGCGACGUGGUUUGAGAUUUCUGCGAGCCGAAGCGGGCUGUCUGGGUUCACACGGACUUUGAGCUCGAUUCGUAAGAUUUGGCAGGAGAAGCGUGGUGGAGGGUCUAGUAUGACUUGGUUGGAUUUGAUGAGGAAAGCGUUGCCAGUGCAGGAACACGGGGAGUGGGAGGGUUUAGUUGGAAGUAAGGAUAGUUGA